AUGGCAUACGUCCAACCCCAUCCCCGCUUUUCCGUCUUGUCUGCCUCCUCCCUCUCCUCUGCAGAGCAUCUCUCCCCAACAGCCAGCUCAGCACGCUUUUCGCUGCCCUCAGCACCAUCAAUAAAUACCACUCUCGGAACACCAAAGCCUGGCUCGCGCCCAAAUGUCUACGACAGGAGUCUCAAUAAAACGCGAACUUCAGAGGUUUCUGCAUCUGCUUUUGCGUUCCUCUUCUCAGAGGUCGUACAAUACACCCAGAAACGCGUCAGCGGCAUCAAUGAUCUCGAACGCCGUUUGAAUACCCUUGGUUAUCGCAUUGGCACCCGUGUCUUCGAGCUGAUGGUAUGGAGAGCAGAGUCCGCUUCCAAAGCUCCAAAGCGCGAAAUUCGCUUUCUGCCCGCUUUGAUGUCCGUUCACACGCAAGUGUGGAGAGCCGUGUUUGGCAGACCUGCAGACGCCAUAGAAAAAAGUGUCGAACAUGAAGACGAAUAUAUGAUUAUUGACAAUGAUCCCCCGAUUGAGCGCUAUAUCUCUGUGCCACGAGAUAUGAGUCAGCUAAGCUGCUCAUCGUUCACAGCAGGUAUUGUAGAAGCGGUACUCGAUGGCCUCGGAUUUCCCGCUCGGGUAACUGCACAUUCUACGCCAACGCAACAGUAUCCGUCCCGAACCACGAUUCUGAUUAAACUUGAGAAAUCUGUGCUUGAACGAGAAGAACUUUUGAAGUAGACUGUCCUUCUCAUGAUUUCCCGAUAUACCUGUAAGACCCCCUCUAGUACUUGUAUAAUUUACCGGAAUGUAUCCACAGAUUCAAGUUUUUAUGACUUUGUAGCGCAAUGCGAUGAUGCAUUUGAU